AUGUCUAAGAGCUGCAUCCAAGGCUCCACGUGCGGCCCUGUUCUCUGGAACAUAAUAUUAGACGAAUUACUCGACACCAAGCUUCCAGCGGGUUGCCACAUACAGGCCUUUGCGGACGACGUCCUGCUGGUUGUUACGGCCGCGAGUGCGGGCAAACUGGAAAGCGCUGCCAACUUGGCUCUCCAUCACAUAAUCGAGUGGGGAAGAAGCGUCAAGUUGGCAUUCGGCCCUACCAAGACUAAACUCAUUGCCUUCACUCCUAAGGCUAAGACAGCCAGCAUUAACAUCGACGGACACCGACUUUGUUUUGUUCCAGAGGUGAAACUUUUAGGAGUAAUCCUCGAUGAGAAAUUGAAUUUCGGUAAACAUGUGAAACACGUAGUUAACAGGGCCGUGCGGAUCUUCAACACGCUCUGCAUGUACUCGAGACCCACUUGGGGAGCCCAUCCUGAAAACAUCAGCACCAUCUACCAGCAGGUCAUCAUGCCAACGAUCACCUACGCUGCGGGAAUUUGGGGUCACGUCGCCCAGAAAAGGUGCAUCAGGAGGGCACUCGAGAGCAUGCAGCGCGGGUUUGCCAUCAAGGCUAUUAGGGGAUUCCGUACGGUCUCCACAGCCGCUGCACUAGCGUUAGCCCAAUUCAGAGACUAUUUGAAAUCGCAUGCAACAAAGCCAUUCUUACAACUUAUUGAUUGA